AUGUUUUCUCCGAAUACAAAAGAACAUUGUGAAUCUAUUCUACAAGAAUUUCUAAUUCAUGAACCAAAAUCUCAAGAUAAAAAAAAUAUAUCUGAGACUCUUGAUAAUUUAUUAUUGAUGAGUUUUCUUGCAAAAAUAUUAACUAAAGUUGAAUCUAUUGAUACAAAUGAUAAUAGUGAUGUUCAUAAUGUUAAAUGUGCUGUAUGUGAAAUGGAACCUAUUCGUCGAACUGAUAGAUAUCGUUGUUUAGAAUGUAUAUCACCAACAUAUGAUAUAUGUAGACGUUGUUUUGAAAGACGUCGUCAAACAGGAAAACAUUCUACAGGUCAUGCUAUGGUUCAAUUUAAAUUAUCAAAUGCAGUUUUCGGAAUACAAUUUAAUAAUAUUGAUAAUGAAGUUAGUUUAAAUAAUUUAAGAAAUUUAGAUACAUUACAAUAUGAAAAACAUGAUGGUAUAAAAUGUGAUGAAAUUUGUCAUCAACAAACAAUAAUUGGUUUACGUUUUAAAUGUGAUAUAUGUCCAAAUUAUAAUUUAUGUAAAAUAUGUACUAUUGAUAAACAUAUAUGUAUAAAAAAUCAUGAAAAAGAUCAUCUAUUAAUUUUAACUUCAAAUAAAAUUAUACCACAAAUUGAUCCAGAUGAUAUUAAAUUAGAAGAAACUUUAGGUAGAGGAGGAUUUGGUCGUGUAUAUAAAGCAUUUUGGCGUUCAAAAAAUCUUCCAGUUGCUUGUAAAAUAAUUGAAAUAUCUAAUAAAUCAUCUGAAUCAGAUUAUUUACGUCGAAGUUUUCCUCAAGAAAUAGCUGCCUAUCGUGAAUUAUCAGGUUCAUAUAUUCUUCGAACAUUUGCCUAUGCUAUCCGUGAUAUACCAAUACAAAAUAAUCAUGGACAAAAAACUCAAUAUAUGAUAUUAAUGGAAUUAAUGAGACGUAGAAGUUUACGAGAUGUUCUUGAUAAUGAACCACAUAAAUUAUCAUUAAGACGUAAAUUAAUAAUGUCUCGACAAAUAGCAUCAGCUAUGAGACGUACUCAUCAACAUGGUAUGAUAGAUCGUGAUAUACGACCUGAUAAUAUUCUUAUUAUAGAUAAUUAUAUUGCUAAAAUUGGUGAUAUGGGUAUUGCAUGUGUACUUGAUCCAAAUUAUCAACAUACUCAAGUAGGUUUUAAAAAAUUUCGUGAUGGACUAAAUGGUUUUGCUAAAGUUGAUGAAAAAUUAGAUAUAUAUAUAUAG